GAAUCGAGGUAGUUGCGAUAGGCUAGGCACUGGGUCUGGACUCUGUAGUUGAAGGCCGGCCAAAAACCCUCUUUUCCCCCUGUUCAUCUCCAUCCUCCCCAGUCCCCAGUUCUCACUUCUCAGGGAAGAGGAAGACACCACCCAAGGUCCAAGGACGACGUGCGCGGGCCGGAGAAGUACAAUGGCGCCGCUCGCCGGAGCCGCCGUCGCCUCCUGCAUGAUCCUGCUCCUCCUGCUCGUCCCCUGCGCCCAGGGCCAGGGGCAACCACCCGAGGCGCCGGAGGAGGCUUGGGCCGAGAGGCAACCACCCGAGGCGUCGGAGGACGCUUUGACGCUGCUCUUGUCCGAGGGCGGGUGCGGCGCCUUCGCCGGCCUCGUCGCCGCGAUGGCCGGCGUGGGUGACGCGUUCCGCGAGCAGAUCGGCAGUGACCUGGGGCUCACCAUCCUCUGCCCUGACGACGAGGCUGUGUGGCCGUUCAUCCCGAGGUUCCAUAGCCUCACCGUCGACGAGCAGGUCGCGGUUCUCCUGUACCACGGCCUGACGAUGGCUUACUCCGAGGAGCUGCUCAGCCAGGUCCACUGGGAGUGGGAGGUGUUGACGUUUGAUGGGGAGCAGACACUCACCAUCCGUCACUACAGAGGCAGGGCGAUACUUUCUCCGUGGCCGCCGUCGUCACGGAACGAGGCCAGGAUCACCAAGACGGUCGUCGACGACGACCAUCUCGCCGUCUACCUCAUCGACGCCGUGCUGAUUCCGACAGAGCUGAAGUCUGUGUCCCUGUUCUGGGCCGUAGUGGUACCUUUCCUACUUGUUGCCGUUGGAAUCGCCUUAUUCUUGCUGUUUCAUGCACUUGUAUAUCUUUGUUCUCUUGUGUGUCAGCUGACAAGAUGGUGUAAGGCUCGCGCUGCUGCCUACGCUUCGGCCGCCCGUGUCACUCCACAUGGGCAAGGGCAACAACAAGAACAUUAGUCUGUGGCCGCUUCAGAGUGCCUCGCCUCCCCGGGUCCUUCCCUCGUACUACUUCUGUUUGUGGUGCCAGAUUUGACAGUUGUUUUCUCCGUCUUUGAUGUUCGGCGGGGUGGUGGCAUGGUCAGUUUAUGAAGCAGCACGAUCUAGGUCGGUGACUAACCUAAACACUUAAGAUCUCCUCUCUUUCGUGUUAUUUUUCUAUGUAUAUAUAUUUAUAUCUAUAUAUCUUUUGUCGGGAACACUUUCUAUGUACAUAGUAGUGUUUACUUACUUUUGGAUCUAGGUUUCGUUUGAUGUAACGAAAUGCUGGUGAGCAUGAGUUCAAUAUGUAGCAGUAUUAUUU